CCUGUGAUGGUUGUGUCGUAAACGUGCAUUCACGUGGAAAAAGUUGGAUACUGUGUAUGUGUGUGUGCGUGCCUUUUUUGUCUGUGUGUAGGAGAAAGUCCUUUAUUCUCCGUCCCGAGAGUUUUCCACAGCUCUAAAUUAUUGAAAUCAGGGCUUUUUUUGGGGAGGAAUUGUUGUCGAAACACGACCGACCACCACCAAACCAGCAUGUUGCGCUUCGGAGGACUCAAGUACAAGAAAUUGAAUAACGCCGGGUACGCGGGCGAAGAGCAGGGCGAGACCCCGUGCAGCCCCCGCACCGAGGGAAAGGUGGAAAAGCUGGAAAAAUCAGUACAUUCCACACCGACGGCGACAACACCAUCGACGAAGCAGCAGCAACGGCUGCACAAUCAGCUGAAUGGAACCGCAAUGAAAAAUGUCAACACAUCUUCAUCCGAGCAGAAACGGCACCGAAACAACUUCAUGCUCAUCGUUGGCGGUCUGUCAGCGAAAUCACACCCCGACCCCGACCCGUCCAAAUCGCCUUCCCAUGCUGCCGUCCAACCGUCGUCGCCUUCGUCCAACUUUAAGCUGCUCAGUGGAAAAUUUGCCAUCGACAGCAAGCGGAAGAUCAACUGUAAAACGAGGAUCUACAAGUGCAUCAAGCGUAUCCUGAAACGGAACUCCUUCCAUACCGGCACACCGAAGGAGCACCAGCACCAACCCAGAGCACAACGAAUGCCUACCGCACUUCGGUCACCGAAUGCCGCUGACUAUCGGGAGAUCAAGUCGCUUCUGGAGAAGCAGCACCGUGAUCUCGAGUACGACGUCAACCUGGCAAAAUGUGUCGAAAAACCUGCCUUUAUCAAAAAGAUCGCGAUCAAUAUGCUGCAGAGUGCCGUUUCGGACGAGAAAGAGGACAGCACAUUGGUGCUGCAUCGCGAACAAACAGCAUCUGUCACCGGUACGAUACAGAGUGACCUCGAGCGGGACCGAGAGUAUCAGCGAUUGCUGGACGAAUGUUGGUACCACGAAAACCUGCCCCGCAGUCUUUCCCUCCAGCUGCUGAUGGAUAAGGUCCCCGGUUGCUUCCUGGUGCGUAAAAGCACCACCCAACCCGACUGUUACGCACUGUCGUUGCGUGUCCCGCCGGGAUCAGGACCGCGGAUCGCACACUACCUCAUCGUCCGGACGGCCAGCGAUGGGUACAAGAUCAAAGGCUUCCAGAAGGAGUUCAGCUCGCUCCGUGCCCUGAUUGUGCAUCAUUCAGUGAUGCCGGAAGCGCUGCCAGUACCGCUCUCCGUGCCACGUCCCGUGAAUUUGGUGGUCAAGACCAAGUUUGAGGAUGACUAUGAGACCGUGUUCGAUCUCGCCAAAGCGGUACAACCCUAGCCGCAACCUGGCUGAUGCCGUGAUGGUGGAUGCAGCGAUUACCAAAACAAUAUGCUAGGCUAAGGCUCAGUCACUUCUUUUCAAUGCUAUUUUGUUAUCUCUUUUCCCAAAACCU